UCAUCUGCCAGUCGGUAUCAGGAUGCCUUGUUUUUUUCUGCUAAAAAUAGGUCCCUUGUAGAAGUCCAGUUCUGACUCCUUGCUUUAGGGUGCCCGGCUCUAAGACCCUGCACCCUUUCGUAGGGCCUGAAAGCUUCAGAAAAUGUGGACAGGGGAGGAAGAAGUAUCUCAGAAUCAGGCCUGCAGGAGGGAGGAGCGGUUUCCUUACCCUAGGGUGCCCGCCUCUGCCCUUGUUUGCUCUGAGAUAGCCAGUCUGUCUCCUGCCCAACACAAGGCGGCUGCCCUUCGGGUUUUCGUCCCCCCUUACGCCCUCCAGGCUGACAGAGGACAGGACCUGGAGACAGUCGUGGCAUGGCCUGGACCCUGGUGUGGGCUUUCCUCUGCGGGCCCUUGCUGGCCUUCCUGUGCCUUAGCGGGCUAGCCGUGGAGGUGACCGUGCCCACUGAGCCACUGAGCAUGCCGACGGGCAAGACGGCUGAGCUGAGCUGCAGUUACAACACAAAAGUGGGUGACAGCUUUGCCUUGGAAUGGAGCUUUGUGCGUCCUGGGAGGCCCAUCUCUGCAUCUGUGCCUAUUCUGUACUUCACCAAUGGCCACCUAUAUCCCACGGGCUCGAAAGCAGACCGGGCCAGCCUUCUCCACAACCCGCCCACAGGAGGAGUGGCUACCCUGAAACUGACUGGCCUCCGCCCUUCAGACACUGGAACUUACCUCUGCAAUGUUAACAACCCUCCAGAUUUCUACACCAAUGGCUUGGGGUUAAUCAACCUUACGGUGCUGGUGCCCCCCAGUCACCCUGUAUGCAGCCAGAGUGGGCAAACCUCUGUGGGAGGUUCUGCUGCACUGAGAUGCAGCUCUUCCGAGGGAGCACCCAAGCCAGUGUACAACUGGGUACGCCUCGGAUCUUCUCCUACACCUCCUCCUGGUAGCAUGGUUCAAGAUGAAGUGUCUGGCCAGCUCAUUCUCACCAAUCUCUCCCUGACCUCCUCUGGCACCUACCAAUGUGUGGCCAGCAACCAGAUGGGCAGUGCCUCCUGCGAGCUGAACCUCUCCGUGACUGACUCAUCUGAAGGCCGAGUGGCUGGGACUCUGAUUGGGGUGCUCCUGGGUGUGCUGCUGCUGUCAGUCGCUGCAUUCUGCCUGAUCAGGUUCCAGAAAGAGAGGAAAAAGGAGCCCAAGGAGACAUAUGGGGGUAGUGAACUUCGGGAGGAUGCCACCGCUCCCGGGGUUUCUGAGCAAGCUUCUAUGAAGGCCUAUUAUAGCCAAGGCCUUCUGGACAAGUCCGCGUCAGCCAGCACCGUAACGACCACCAAGUCCAAACUCUCUAUGGUUGUCUGAUUUCUGACUCCUGUGUUAGUGGGGUGUGUGUACCUCCUCUCUAGUGGUGUGGGGAAUUCCUCUUUGUCACUAUCAGUAAGGGAAGGAAGGAAUUUGAAUCCCCAGAGAUGAUGCAGCAAACAGGAAGUUCGCUUGGGUCAAAGGAAUAGGUUUCCACCUAGGUGUCUUUGUAUGGCUCCUACCUUUUUACCUAACUUCUGCCCCCACCCUGUUUCUGAGUUUUGUCUUGAUUAAAUGAGAUUUGUUCUGGCUCCCAUUAGUGGCUUCAUGCAAACCCCUCUCCCCUCACUCCCCCCACCCCCUGCACCCUCUGAACACUUGGACAUUCCUCUUUAUUGUUCACAUUCCAACCCUGUAUGGUAACAUGCACACGCAGAGAUUAAAAACCUUCCGGCCGCAACCCCAGGAGCCCAGCGGGGGAGGGGCUAUCAGGGGGCAGGGCCUUGGGAGACUCCUCCUGCCAAGCCUCCAGGCGUUCGGAGUCUUUUGCAUAAACAAAGGAGAGCGAGAGGGUCUGCUCUCCGGUGCGCUCCUCGGAAGAAAAAAAA